AUGUCUGCCAGCACUCCUCCAUCCCACGGGGCAACCACCCCUACACAAUAUACCGACAAGGAGGAUGGUGGUCACUAUGGUAGUCACUAUCACUGCAACCAUCCUCACCACCACCAUGGAGAGCGAAACAAUAACGUCCAGAAGCCUCACCAGUCCAUGGUGUCGCAGGUUUACAACCCUUCGUUCAAAGCCGCCAACCCUGGUCCUCUUGGUCUGAUCAGUUUCGCUCUGACUACCUUUGUUCUUGGUCUUUACCAGUGCGGUGCUGGACUUCCUGAUAACAACCCUUUCGGCGGUGUUGGCCCUGACCAAGCCAUCUUCGGUCUGGCUGUCUUCUUCGGCGGCAUUGCCCAAUUUCUCGCAGGGCUCAUGGAAUUCCGCGUUGGCAACACCUUCGGUACCACUGUCCACUGUUCUUAUGGCGCUUUCUGGCUUGCCUUCGCCAUGUUCUACGUCCCUGAUCUUGGUAUCAAGGCUGCAUACAACGGCGAUGACCGCGCAUACAGCUUUGCCCUAGGUAUUUUCUUGAUCCUGUGGUGCUUCCUGACUCUCAUCUUCUUCGUCGCCGCUCUCAAGACAAAUAUUGCCAUCCUGGUUGUCCUUGGCUGUUUGUUCCUCGCCUUCCUUUUCCUCAGCAUCGCUCAGUUCCUCCAAACCAGCCACCCAACAGCUGCGAUUCGAGUCAAUAAGACAGGCGGUGCAUUUUCGGUCAUUUGCGCUUUCGCAGCUUUCUACGCGGGAGCCGCAGGUAUUAUGACCGAGGAUACGACAUGGGUUCGCUUCCCUCUUGGCGAAAUCGAUGUUAAGCCCAAGAAGACCAACAUCGCUUAA